UUCCCAAUCCAUUUCCAUUCAUCGUAAACCAAAGCCAAACCAAACUGAAAACUCUGCCAUCUCUUUCACUUUUGACAGUUCAUUCUCAAAAGAAUCAAUAAAAGAGAAAAUCUGUUCUUUUUUUCGUUUCUUUUGUUCCUUCUUUCUCUCUCCCUCUUGAACAUUACCGUAUAUAUGCCAUAUAGCAUCAAAGUGGAGACCGAGUUUUUUAAAAAACGCCAUUGAUUAGUUCCGAGAAACUCCCAAGGUUUUAUGGAGUUCCGGGGUUUAAAGACCAACAUGUUCGUGUUGCUGCUAAUGCUGUUUUCUUCAUGGGUUUGUUAUGUGGAAGCAACUGUGUCUUAUGACCAUAAAGCUAUCAUCGUUAGUGGCCGGAAAAGGAUUCUCAUUUCUGGCUCCAUUCAUUAUCCCAGAAGUACUCCUCAGAUGUGGCCUGAUCUUAUUCAGAAGGCCAAAGAUGGAGGUUUGGAUGUUAUACAAACUUAUGUCUUUUGGAAUGGACAUGAGCCUUCUCCUGGGAAAUAUUACUUUGAGGACAGAUAUGAUCUUGUUCGGUUCAUCAAGCUUGUUCAGCAAGCCGGCCUUUAUGUUAAUCUCCGGAUUGGCCCUUAUGUUUGUGCAGAAUGGAACUUUGGGGGAUUUCCUGUUUGGCUGAAAUAUGUUCCAGGCAUUGAAUUUAGAACAGACAAUGAACCUUUCAAGGCGGCAAUGCAAAAAUUCACGGAGAAGAUAGUCAGCAUGAUGAAGGCAGAAAAGUUGUUUGAAACACAAGGAGGUCCAAUAAUUCUGUCACAGAUAGAGAAUGAAUUUGGACCGGUUGAAUGGGAAAUUGGUGCUCCUGGUAAAGCUUAUACCAAAUGGGCUGCUCAAAUGGCUGUUGGUCUUGACACUGGUGUUCCGUGGGUUAUGUGCAAACAAGAUGAUGCUCCUGAUCCAGUUAUAAACACUUGCAAUGGUUUCUACUGUGAAAACUUUGUUCCAAACCAGAAAUAUAAACCCAAAAUGUGGACAGAAAACUGGACUGGCUGGUUCACCGCGUUUGGUGGCCCAACUCCUCAAAGACCAGCAGAAGACGUGGCAUUUUCAGUGGCAAGGUUCAUACAGAAUGGAGGUUCAUUCGUAAACUACUACAUGUACCAUGGAGGAACUAAUUUUGGCCGGACAGCUGGUGGUCCCUUCAUUGCUACUAGCUAUGAUUAUGAUGCUCCUUUAGAUGAAUAUGGGCUACUAAGGGAACCAAAAUGGGGACAUUUGAGAGAUUUGCAUAAAGCCAUCAAAUUAUGUGAAUCAGCUUUAGUUUCUACAGAUCCCAAAGUGACUUCACUUGGAAAAAAUCAAGAGGCUCAUGUUUUUAACCAAAAAUCUGGAUCUUGUGCGGCAUUCCUUGCUAACUAUGACACAACAUACUCAGUAAAAGUGAACUUUCGAAAUAUGCAAUAUGAACUGCCACCUUGGUCCAUCAGCAUCCUCCCUGACUGCAAAACUGCAGUUUACAAUACUGCUCGGCUUGGUGCCCAAAGCUCCGUGAAACAGAUGACACCUGUCAACAAAUUUUCUUGGCAGUCAUACAUUGAAGAAAGUGCCUCUUCUAGUGAUGAUAAAACUUUUACCACUGAUGGGCUGUGGGAACAAUUAAAUGUGACUAGAGAUGCUUCGGAUUAUUUGUGGUAUAUGACAAAUGUAAAUAUAGGCUCUAAUGAAGGAUUUCUGAAGAAUGGACAAGAUCCUCUUCUCAACAUUUGGUCUGCAGGUCAUGCACUGCAUGUUUUCAUUAAUGGUCAACUAUCAGGAACUGUUUAUGGUGGAAUUGACAAUCCAAAAUUAAGUUUCAGUCAAAAUGUCAAAAUGAGAGUUGGUGAUAACCAGAUUUCUUUGUUAAGUAUAUCUGUGGGUCUUCAGAAUGUAGGCACACAUUUCGAGCAAUGGAAUGCUGGUGUGCUAGGUCCAGUAACAUUGAAGGGUCUCAAUGAGGGGACAAGAGACUUGUCUAAACAGAAAUGGUCUUACAAGAUUGGUCUGAAAGGUGAAGAUUUAAGCCUUCAUACCGUUAGUGGGAGCGGCUCUGUUGAAUGGGUAGAAGGAUCAUCAUUGGCCCAAAAACAACCAUUGACAUGGUACAAGACUACUUUCAACGCACCGGCAGGCAAUGAUCCUUUAGCUUUGGAUAUGAAUACCAUGGGAAAAGGGCUGAUUUGGAUCAAUGGUCAGAGCAUUGGGCGCCACUGGCCUGGAUAUAUAGCACAUGGUAGUUGUGGUGCUUGUAAUUACGCCGGAACUUAUACAGACAAGAAAUGUCACACGAACUGUGGACAGCCAUCUCAAAGAUGGUAUCAUGUUCCACGCUCAUGGCUGAAUCCAACUGGAAACCUGUUGGUUGUGUUUGAAGAAUGGGGUGGUGAUCCAAGUGGAAUUACUUUGGUCAAAAGAACAACAGGAAGCGUAUGUGCUGAUAUUUUUGAAGGGCAACCAGCCUUAAGCAACUGGAACAUAAUCUCCUCUGGAAAAUCAGAUAAAAUGCAAUCCAAAGCCCAUUUGUGGUGUCCUCCUGGGCAGAAAAUCUCGAAAGUAAAGUUUGCUAGCUAUGGGUUACCACAAGGAACAUGUGGAAGCUUUCGUGAGGGUAGCUGUCAUGCUCACAAGUCAUAUGAUGCUUUUCAACGGAAUUGCAUUGGAAAGCAGUCUUGUUCAGUAUCUGUGGUUCCUGAUGUUUUUGGAGGCGAUCCAUGUCCAAACGCCAAUAAGAAGCUUUCAGUCGAGGCUAUCUGCAGCUAAAAUUCAGAUAUCCAAAGUUUACAAAGGUGAUAAACUUCAACACUACCAGAGGGCUGAAGUUUACAACUAUACAUCUAUACCACACAAUUUGGCUCAAGCCAAGAAUAAAUUGUUAAGUAGUUAGAAAGAUGCUUUAUGUACAUAGGCAAAUUUUUUGUCAAUAUAGGCAAACAUAGGGUCAGUCCUAUAUGAAAAAGUUUUAGUUCGCAAACCUUCAUAUAGGUAAGCCUUCAGCUUACUGGUUUCAAUCUUCAUCUGGAAAUUUCCAGUGGAAAUCAAUUGUAUUGUCUUUGUAUGUGUAUGAAUAAACUGGAAGUAAUAAAUAGAAGCUUUUCAAUAGCAUUUGGUUUC